AUGGGGAAUGCUUGUUAAAAUCAACUCUAAAAUGCCACAUAAAUGCAGACUUAUGAGGAAGAAAGCUUUGUAAAAGAAGAAAAUUUAAAGGUUAUUCAAAACAUGAGUCCAAUUAUUAAAAAACAUGAAUACUAACUCGAAAAUUUGAAUGAGGGCAUUGGAGUGGGCACAAUCACCGCAAUAAUCAUUAAACCUAAAGAUUAGAGUUAAGUACUAGAAAUAUUAAGGGGGAUAAAAAACACAAACACAGAAAUCAGAUAUAAUAAUCGACAAGAUUACAAUUUCGGCACUCCGUCUUCAAAAAAUGAUUCAAAAAGAAGCACUAUGGGAAAAUGUUAAAGUGAAAAGCACGUACAUUUUUAGGUUCCUAAAAUGUAGAUAGCAAAGCAUGAACAUAAAAAUUUGAAACAUUGUGUUCAGAAAUGA